AUGAUUGAGUCCAUCCAUUCUGCUCGAGACUCUCUUGGCUGUCCCUUUAACAAUCCGACUGUGCAGCUCCCUAGCGGGUAGGGGGGAAAUCGCGUGUCCGCUACCCAAUGACAGUGCAGGAUGCUGAGACCGGUGUGAAUGGAGGCUGGAAGACGCCAAUGUCUCUGGAUGGUGAUGGAGAGGAACUAAUGGUAGAAAAAGAUCUGUCGAUGUCGAGGUCCUUCAUCCACACAGGCAUGCAGUGAGCCGCCCAUGUGUGUUACAGAGUGAGGGUGCACUGUGAUCGUCGCAGCGUGCCCCUGGUAAGGACCCCGUGGCAAGCGUCCGGCCGGCCCAGGCCACACCUCCCACACCCAGGACAUGUACGGCAGCGCCAGAGCGGUCGGCCACAUCGAGAGCAGCCCUGCACGGUCCCCGCGCCUGCCUAGGUCCCCCAGGCUGGGCCACCGGAGGGCCAACAGUGGGGGCGGGGGCGGUGGAGGGGGUAAGACGCUCUCCAUGGAGAACAUCCAGUCACUGAACGCUGCCUACGCCACGUCCGGGCCCAUGUACCUAAGCGACCACGAGGGAGUGGGCUCAACCGCCACCUACCCUAAGGGCACCAUGACGCUGGGGCGAGCCUCCAACCGGGCCAUGUACGGGGGCCGCGUCACGGCCAUGGGCAGCAGCCCCAACAUCGCCUCGGUGGGGCUGGGCCACCACGCUGACCUGCUGUCCUACAGCGACCUGGGCUCCCUGUCCAUGCUGCAGCACCAUCACCACCACCCUCAGGGGGUGCCGUCGGCCCUGUUGCGGCAGGCUGUGCGAGGCAGUGGGGGGGAACUCCUGGAGAUGCAGGCCACACUCCGGGACAUGCAGCGGGAGAACGACCUGCUGAGGAGAGAGCUGGACCUAAAGGACAGCAAGCUGGGCUCGUCCACCAACAGCAUCAAGAGCUUCUGGAGCCCCGAGCUGAAGAAGGAGAGGAUGAUACGCAAGGAGGAGGCGGCGCGCACCUCCGUCCUCAAGGAGCAGAUGAGGGUGACUCACGAGGAGAACCAGCUGCUGGACGCCAGGAGAACCAAGCACCUGCAGCUGACCAUCCAGGCCCUACAGGACGAGCUGCGGACCCAAAGGGACCUGAACCACCUACUGCAGCAGGAGAGCGGCGGCCGCUCUGGGGACCACUACACCAACAUCGAGCUGACCGAGGAGAACUUCAGACGGCUACAAGCCGAGCACGACCGCCAGGCCAAGGAGCUGUUCCUCCUGAGGAAGACCUUGGAGGAGAUGGAGCUGCGGAUCGAGACCCAGAAGCAGACACUGGGGGCCAGGGACGAGUCCAUCAAGAAGCUGCUGGAAAUGCUCCAGAGUAAGGGUCUGCCUGGAGGGCCAGGGAGGGUCAACGAGGAGGAGGAGCAGGAGAGAGCCAGGCGCAUUGCUGAGGCCGAGGCUCAACUUGGACACCUGGAGGUCAUCUUGGACCAGAAGGAGAAGGAGAACAUCCACCUCCGAGAGGAACUGCACAGGAGAAACCAGAUGCACCAGGACCCUGGCAAAACCAAAGCCCUCCAGACCAUCAUAGAGAUGAAGGACACCAAGAUAGCAUCUCUGGAGCGCAACAUCAGGGACCUGGAGGAUGAGAUCCAGAUACUGAAGGCUAACGGCUUGCUGAACACCGAGGACAGAGAGGAGGAGAUCAAACAGAUGGAGGUCUACAAGAACCACUCCAAGUUCAUGAAGACCAAGAUUGACCAGCUGAAGCAGGAGCUGUCUAAGAAGGAGUCUGAGCUGCUGGCCCUGCAGACCAAGCUGGAGACCCUGAACAACCAGAACUCGGACUGCAAACAGCACAUAGAGGUGCUCAAAGAGUCCCUCACUGCCAAGGAGCAGCGUGCCGCCAUUCUGCAGACAGAGGUGGACGCCCUGCGCCUGCGUCUGGAGGAGAAGGAGUCCUUCCUGAACAAGAAGACCAAGCAGCUGCAGGACCUGACGGAGGAGAAGGGCACGCUGGCCGGAGAGAUCCGUGACAUGAAGGACAUGCUGGAGGUCAAGGAGAGGAAGAUCAACGUCCUGCAGAAGAAGAUUGAGAAUCUGCAGGAGCAACUGCGUGAUAAGGACAAGCAGUUGGGGAACCUGAAGGACAGGGUGAAGUCCCUACAGACUGACUCCAGUAACACUGACACGGCCCUGGCCACCCUGGAGGAGGCACUCUCUGAAAAGGAGCGUAUUAUAGAGAGACUGAAGGAGCAGAGAGCGAGGGAGGACAAUGAGAGGAUGGAUGAAGUGGAGUCUUAUAAGAAGGAGAACAAGGACCUCAAGGAGAAGGUCAACACCCUGCAGCUGGAAUUAACAGAGAAGGAGUCCAGUCUCAUUGACUUAAAGGAGCACGCCACAUCCCUGGCCUCCUCUAGCCUGAAGAAGGAGUCCAAGCUCAAGUCUCUGGAGAUGGCCAUCGAGCAGAAGAAAGAGGAGUGUAGUAAGUUGGAGACACAGUUACAGAAGCAAGCAGAGCAGCUGUUCAGUCAGAUGAACAACCCUAAGGCCCACGAGGUCCACGAGGUCCAACAGCAGCAGCAGAUGGCGGGGCUGGGCUCCAGGGGGAACCCAGACUACAUGGAGCGGGAGCGGGAACAGCGGGUAAAGCUCCUGGAGAAGGAAGUGUCCUACUACAAGGAGGAGUCUGGCAAGGCCCAGGCGGAGGUGGAGAGGCUACUAACCAUCCUCCGAGAGGUAGAGAGCGAGAAGAACGACAAGGACAAGAAGAUCGCCGAGCUGGAGAGCCCCCCUCACUCUGCCCCUGUUCCUCGCCCCGGCCUCGGCCCUGUCCCUCGCCACGGUCCCGGUGGCAGGCCCCCCUGACCCACUCCCCCUGUGUCCUCCGCUGCCCCCGCUGCCCCCCAGCAGAUAGGGGGAAUGGUGUGGGAUUUCCUGGGAAACCUAGCACCCAGGCAGGCCAAGGAGCAAGUUACUAAGAAGGGGGGGCCCAACCUCAAACUAGGCCCCCAAGGGGACAAGAAGCCUGGUCAGAUAGUGGGGGAUCCUCGAAAGGACAACACCAUGGACUCAGGACAGCAUGUAAAGCUGGAGGAGAUGAUGAACACUUUGGAAAGGACCAGACAGGAGCUGGACGCCACCAAGCAGCGCCUCUCGUCUACCCAGCAGUCCCUGCAGGAGAGAGACGGUCACCUGACAAACAUGAGGCAGGAGCGCAGGAAACAGUUGGAGGAGAUCCUGGAAAUGAAGCAACAGGCCCUGUUGGCAGCUAUCAGUGAGAAGGACGCUAACAUUGCUCUACUAGAGCUGUCUGCCUCUGGGAAGAAGAAGACCCAGGAAGAGGUUUUGGCUCUGAAGAGGGAGAAGGACAGACUGAUGCACCAACUCAAACAGCAGACACAGAGCAGGAUGAAGCUGAUUGCUGACAACUAUGAAGACGACCACUACCACCCCCAUCCUCCUCAUCACACCCAACCCCAGCAACCCCACCCGGGCCCCCAGGCUCAGCUCCCCCAGCCACAGUAUCAGCACCCUCCUAACCCCCAGCAGCAGCAGCAGCAACAGCCUCCAUACCCCCAUGCCCCACACUCCCAGCACCCCCAGCCCCCACUCCAACAACACCCGCACCCCCAGCAGCCUCAACAGCAGUACCCCCUCAUCCACCAGCAUCCACAGGGGCAUCCCCAACAGCCUCCGCCUCAGCACCAACAACACCAACCACGGCCCCAGCACCUGCAGCAAGCGCAGCACUCACACCCACAACAACAACACGCCCACCCAGGACAGCACCCCAUGGGCCUCCACCACAGCAGCGCACCCCACCUACAACAGCACCCCCAACAGCACCCACAACAGCAUCCACAGCAGCACCCCCACGGCCCCCUCUGCAAGCUCCCACCCCAGCACCCACAUCCCCAGCAGCACCCCCACCACCCUCCACACGCUCCGCAACAGCACGGCGGGCACACCCGCCACCCGCCCCCACACCACCGAGGAGGACCAGGGCCUGCCAGAGGACCCCCCCAUGCCGGCCAUCGCCCCUCCCCCGACCAGGAUGACGAGGAGGGCAUUUGGGCGUAAUCGUGUCCAUGACAACCAAAGCUCUGACGUUCGGAGGGAUGAUUCAGUUACUAGUGGAGGAGCACAGCCAUUCCAUGAUGCUGAAAUACAUUGACUACCUACCAACCUUUUGUUACCACCAUACAAUCCACACUUCAAUGGGGCCUUUAUUUUAUUUUCUACUGAGGAUGAGGAUACAGAGGAGGAGGAGGAAGAGGAGGGAUGAAGCAGGUGGGAGGGCCAGAUGAGGAGACUGAUAGUUGAGGUGACUGAAGAGCCAUCAUGUGAAGAGGGGCAGCUGCAGCUCUUUGGGAGUGACUCUGGGGAGGUGGAGUCUUCCAGCAGACACAUAGGUGUUGUGAAGUUAGACUGGGUUGGACAGACUGGGCCCCACUCAGACAGACAGACAGAUAUCUGAGCUGUCUGGUCUCAGCUCCGUGGUUCUGCUCACACAGCCAAACUCACACAGCCACUCUGGUAUAGUUGUCAAGAUGCUCAGCUCACUUGUCUGUCACCUGACGUCCCUACAGAGCCCCGCCCACUCUCAUAAGACUAGCUGCACUCUUCACCCACCUGGCUAAGAUCUAACGACUGGCUCUGCCCUGUUUACAUGAGGUGCGUUCAGUUCAAGUGAACAUUUGCUACGUUGCGGAACGAUUUGUACUGAACAAAACGUUUCCCCAAAACAUUCUUGUACGUUCUUGAGCAGACUUCUAGGUACGUUUCCUCCCGUUUGGGUGGGUGUGGCUUGAAGCAAUGAGUGACAUAUUUAAAGGCAGUGGCCAUGCUGACAGCAGUCAUUCAGUACAGCACUGUUUCUGUUCAAUGGAACGUUCCAGAACGUAAAAAUGUACUGAACCCAGUCCUGGCUUGCUCCCCCGUUCUCAGUAACCUGCAUCUAAUUGGUUCACUCUCCUGUCUCCGCCUGCUUUGCUUACCUGAGCUUUUCAGCUGAUUAGUUCCUCUGUAUCAACAGUCCUUUCUCUGAUUGGUUCACCUGACUGGCUCCACCCUGUUUACCUGAUUUGCCCCACCCUGCUGACCCCCGGCUGGCUAUGAUUGGCUCCCCUGCCUGGCAGGCUCCACCCUACUUACAGUCUACCACAGCAGCUUCAUAGUGCUUCUUUUACUAUGCUGUGUUUUGUUGUUUUCUCUUUGUCAGAGAUAGCCUGCUCUCUUUCCACAUAUUUAAUGAAGUGCCGUACAGUUACAGCUUUAGUUCACAUUUACAUAUGCGUGAACAGCUAACCUACAUCAGAGGAAGUUCCUUUGCUGUAUGUCUAAAAGUGAAGUUGUGCUACUUAUUUUUUUUUUUUUUUUUUAAAUCUGUCGAGUGUGUUUCAUUUGCAGUGCUAGACCAUGGCUAUGAGUGCUUUGUGCAAAGUGAAUCAGAACAAGGAAGAGCUCUUAUCUGAACAAAACAGCCACUAGAGCUCUAAUCUGACCAAUGGGCAGCCACGGUCCUUGCCUCGACAACUGAAGGUUUCCUUGUGCCGUUAAUGUGCAGUCUGGCAUGGCCUUAUGGGCAGGGCCCUGUACUGGGGGUGUCGCAGGGACUUUGGGCUUAGGGCUGCCAUCUGUGUGUCUCUCCUGUUACCUCAGUUGAACCAGAUGCAGUCAGAACUCCAAUCUAUGCAGACGUCAGAACUAUUAAUGCCACUUUGAAUCCAGUCUUAAGUCAAGGGCACCAAUCAAAAAGUGUUUAGAUGUAUUAAAGCAGCACGAGUACCAAUCAGAAUGGUCUAUUCAGAACAUACACCAAUCAGAUUCCGUUGUUAUAAUGUGUUUCUCAGCGUGAUAUGCACCUAUGCACCUCCUCCUCCCCUAUUGCAGGGAUACUUCUAAUGGUGCUUUUAGAUCACUGGUGCUCACACAACAUGGUGUCCAACCAGAGAAACAGCUGAGAGACAUGGCCAUUGGACAUUGUGCAUCCAUGUCAUACAAUAGGGAGUUGAUCCCAAAACCUGAUGUGCUUAUAAACUGUAGAAGACUGUGUUGUACAUAGAAUCAGCUGGAGAGACUCUGAGGAAGGAGGCUAUAGAUUUUAUAUGUUUGAUGCCAUCCAUGGACACCCAUGAGAUUUCCUGCCAUACCUUUACAGCUGUCUCUCCUACUUAUUGACUGCCUCCUUCCUCCUCAUCAUCUUCUUCAUCCCCCCUUUCUUCUUCUCUUUCAGCAGUCUGUGCUAACCCAAAUCCAAACCUAGUGACUCGUUUUGUCCUUCUCAACAAGGUGGCCUGUGCCUCGUUCAUAUCGUAUACACAUAUAUAUAUAUAUAUAGAGAGAGAGAGAGAGAGAGAGAGAGAGAGAGAGAGAGAGAGAGAGAGAGAGAGAGAGAGAGAGAGAGAGAGAGAGAGAGACAGAAAGAUAUAUGUAGUGUGUCUAUGUGUGGUCAGAAUAUUGUCAGUAACAAAAAAUAUUGAGGAUAAAAAUACAUGUUUUAUUUAAUUUUUCUAACUGUCCAAAGGAUAGAGAAAACCCUUAUUCAGUGUGUGGAGUGACGUAUGUGACUUUCCUCUGUUUUGUACAAGAAAAAACUCCUUAGCAGCAAGCAACAUUCCCUGUCUGUGGUUCUCACGAAGGAUAGUCUGGCCUAAGAAACCUUGAGACACAGGCCAAAGGAAAGGAGUGAGAAAAUGAUUCCAUUCUCAUUUAGAAGAGCUAAUGUUACAUUCCUGUUGCAGUGUGAGAAAUCUAUUUUGAGACUCUCUCACACACACACACACACACACACACACACACACACACACACACACACACACACACAGUGAGACCGUAGUCUUCUCACAGAGGGGAAGACAUUCUAUUUUUGCAGCUCACUAAAGUAGCAAAGAUACUAUUUUCUGCAGCACAGCAGAUAGAAACUUGCACUUGUGAGUGAGGACUAUCACUACCUUUGUUAAAGUGGAGGUUUGGAGUGACUCCGUCGUUGCAGAUGCAUUGUCCAGCGGUCUCUGUGUUUUGUUUGUUGUUGUCUUCAUGCUGUUGUCCUGGUGUACCCAGAUGUGGUGACAUAUGUGACAGUUGAGUGUGUAGAAAACCACACUUCUAGUGAGAAAACAUCCAAGACUGUUACAUCCCCCCACUCCCACCACCACCACCACCACCUGCCCCCCUCCGUCCUCCAUGGUGUGUGUGUGUGUGUGUGUGUGUGUGUGUGUGUGUCCCUCCUUGUGGCUGAUAUCGUGACUGUUGUAGAAAAGUGCCCCAUCCUCCAUUGGGAUCCAAACAGAAGUGAUCCCUAUACGAUUGUCACCUCUGAGUCAACUUCAACACAGAAUACAGACAGGACAGACAGGACAGUUGCCUCACAACUCCUCCUCUGAAGAAAAAAAUAAAGGCGUUGUGUGGAUGUUGUAUUUGUAUUUUCAAUGUCAGAGAUUGGUACUAAUGAUCUGUAAAAGGAAAGGCAAUCCAGAAGAGCACACGGAUGGAGGCGCGAAUAACCUCUCACUUUACCAUCAUGGGGAACGGAUUCAGAAUCCUCAAUUUUCAGGUAAUUUACAACUGAAUACUUGAAGUAGGGGGUUCUCCUACUAUGAGAAGUGAAUAUCCAUCACUUGGUAUAUAGAACAUGGUAGAAAAUGUGGAACACUUCAUUGUGCCGAUGCAUGCAGAUUUUUACGUAAUGUGCCAACAGAGUGAAAGGUUGGAGAGAAUCUCCUAUCCUCUAUGCAGAGUGAGAUCUUGAGGUACAAUCAAACUGUUUAGGAUUCAUCAAUGGCCGAUCAGUUAACAUACACCAGGGUUGUGUUCAUUUAGGGCACACAAUGUUUUAAAAUGUUUAGCAACGGAAAAUGAGAAUGAGCGUUUCUCAUUGGACAAGUCCAAGUAAUCCUUCCCUGUAUCAGUGCAUUUUUUUCUGUUUGGUGCCUAAUGAACACGACCCAGGAGUUGAAGGCCAACAGACAUCACCAAUAGUAAUUGAAGGAGUAAAAGACCUGAUUCAGAGUAUGAGAAGCCUAAUACAGGCAGACAGAUUCACUUUCUUUGUCGUGUACAAGUUGCAUUUGAGUUAUUGUAUGAUGUUGAAAAUGCAAACCUUUGGAUGAAACAAAACACUGUGACCAACGCCAGAUUUUUCUUUUUUUACUGAACAAUUGCGUUAAUUUUUUGUAUUUAAGUUUUUCUUGAUUACAAUUUUUUUUAAAUCAGUUUGGCUUAUUGAAUAUGUCAGUUUGGGACUGUACUAUUUGUAAUAGUAAAUGUUUUCUGCUGUACAGUAAAGAUUUAGGAACAAGUUAAAUGUGUGUCCAGCAUGCUGAAUGAUUACUUGUGUGAACGUGGGCUUAUUUCCCAUGAUGCUCCAGUUCUUAUACAUGAAUUGCCUCUGCAUCGUGACAGUGUGAUGUUGUGUUUGAGAGUGGUGUGUGUCUCCUCACCUUCCGUGUCCCCCUAGUAGACAACCUGUGCAGUGUUAUGAGAGAGGCGGGCAUAUUUGUGGGGUGUUACGCGUGUAAAUCUGUGAGAAGUGUGUGUGUGUGUGUGCGCAUGCAUACGUGUGUGUGUGUACUGUAGGUGUGUGUGCGCGCAUGUGUAAGAGAUAAAGAAAUAGUGAGAGAGAAUUAAAACACUCGGUUGCAGGAAACCCCCUGAGAGAAAGAGAGAGAAUGUUCUGUUCAGCAUGGAUACUGUGUUUUAAAACCUACUGUAGGAGCCUGUCUCCACUGCCCCAGACGUUUGCUAUUGUAUGUGCUGUAUCAGAAUAUUACUAUUGAGUGUUGGCCAGCUUGUUUAUAUUCAUUCAAUAAAGGUGACUUUCUUUCA